AAGCACUGUUUAAUUUAUUUACAUUUAUAUACAAAAUAAAUAUAAAUACCGAAAAUAAAAACAUUUUCACUUUUCUCUGCCUUUCUUUCAGAUCGCUCUCGAAAAUUAGGGUUUCGUGAUCUUUGUCUAACUGGAAAAGGAAGAACAAGAAGAAUUGUUUAUCUAUCUGAUCUGAUUUUAACAGUAACCAUGAAGCCACGAAAGUCUUCUUUGAAUCCAUAUGCAGCCGCAUACGUUCCUGUCUCUAAAAGGGAUGCUACUGCUAGAUUUUAUGCGACGGAAGACGAGAAUAACAGUUCCCAAGACUAUGAUGGGACUGCAUGGUAUCAGGCUCCUCAGUAUGCCACAAAUAAUGUCCAGCUUCUCAAGAAAACCCCCCAAAGGCUCUCUCCGGGGAAAAGCCAGCCUGCUUCUAGUUCUUACUUUUCAUCCCCACAGACUGUAGCACCGCUGGCAGAUAAUCAUUUUAUGGAUGAGGAGUUCGAUAUAGAUUUGGAAUAUCUUAGGAUGACAUUUCCUGGGAUAUCUGAUGAGUCGCUUGUAGACGUCUACAACGUAAACGGUGGGGACCUGGAUGCUGCUGUUGACAUGCUCAGCCAACUUGAGUUUGACGAUGCUGUUGACUCUUCUGGAAAUCUUCCAGACUCACUGGAUAUUGGUGAUGUUUCAGAGCCUACAUUGCCUGCUAAUUCUGCUUCACCAAAACAGAAGAAUGCGACAGCUGAAGCCAGUACUUCCUUUGGUCACUUGUGAAUUGAUUUCCAAAUGUGAAUGGUGAAUUGUUUUUCUACCCACAAUUGGUUUGGUUGGAUAUAAAUAGUGUAAAAACAGGAAAUUUUACUUUAGGGUGAAGAUAUUUCACAUGUGUCAAUUUAUAGACUGUAUAGUCCUCAGCUGCGUCUUGUUUUGCUUAAUAUGGUCUGAAGUGUUUUGCUUUUGAUGAGUUGCUUGUGCAGCGUUCCAUUGUAUGAAUUUGAAGGCCAGUGAAAACAAAGUUGGCCAAAAGAGUUAUAAGGAAAAAUACACAUCCAAGUGAAGGUGGUUUUAGAUAGGUGGCUUGUUGACUGCCUGAAUUGUACUUUGGUGAGCAACUUUGGGGCUUUUACAAUAGAUACUAUUAUACAUUAGUUUCA